UGGGCAGUCCGCGGUUAAUCUUGUUCAUACGCUCGUCGUACUUGUUUGAAUGCUAAAGUCUCUGCGGCUUCAGUGCGUGAACGCAGGUCUCCAAUGUCGAAGGGCGAGAAACCGGUAACAGUCAUGGCCUCUCACGCCACUGUCUGCCCACCUCAGCAACUGUUGAUUGAAGGUGGUCACUAUGCGGAUGCGAAGAUGAGCUGCGACUGGUACAUGCCAAAGAGCGCACCCGUAGACCGUCGUCAUCCCACUGUGCUCGUGACUGUGCAGCGGCGUUAGCCCAGAAUUGUCGGCCACGAUCAACUAGCUGUCCAGUCUGUGGGAAUCAAGCCUUGAACCCAA